AUGCAAGCCCCAAGCACAGACGAGUCGUGGGAAGCGACACGGCCCCAGGGAUGCUCUCCCCUGCUGGUGUUUGUGAACAGCAAGUCAGGCGACAACCAGGGCGUGAGGUUUCUGCGGCGUUUCAAGCAACUUCUCAACCCUGCGCAGGUGUUUGACCUCAUGAAUGGCGGACCAGUUCUUGGUUUGCGGCUGUUCAAGUGUUUCAACCCCUUCAGAAUACUUAUAUGCAGUGGAGAUGGCUCAGUGGGAUGGGUGUUGACAGAGAUUGACAAGCUUCAUAUGACAAACCAGUGCCAGAUAGGAGUGCUACCUCUGGGCACAGGGAAUGACCUGGCACGGGUCCUAGGAUGGGGCUCGGCCUGUGAUGACGACACGCACUUGCCCCACAUCCUGGAGAAGUAUGAGCGUGCAACGACCAAAAUGCUGGACAGGUAA